AUGGGGAACGCGUCGUCCAUGCUGACCCAGUACGACAUCGAGGAGGUGCAGGAGCACUGCAACUACCUCUUCUCGCAGCAGGAGAUCGUGUCGCUGUACGAGCGCUUCUGCCAGCUCGACCGCAGCGCCAAGGGCUUCGUCUCCGAGGACGAGUUCCUCUCCAUCCCCGAGUUCUCCCUCAACCCGCUCUCCAAGAGGUUGCUCCGAAUGGUUGAUGGAUUGAACUUCAAGGAUUUUGUUGCUUUUCUUUCUACUUUCAGUGCAAAGGCCAGUCUUCGUCAGAAGAUCGAGUUGAUAUUCAAGGUUUAUGACAUUGAUGACAAGGGAAAAAUAACCUUCAAGGAUCUGCUAGAGGUUUUACGGGACCUAACAGGGUCAUUCAUGUCUGAGGAACAAAGAGAGCAAGUAGUAACUAAGGUACUGGAAGAAGCAGGGUACACAAGGGAUUGUGCAUUCUCAUUGGAAGAUUUUAUCCAGAUCAUCGACCAUCCUGGCCUUAAGAUGGAGGUGGAAGUGCCAAUCGACUAG